CCCUCAUCCCCUCCGGUCCCCAGGGGCGGGCGCUGCCCGUCUCCCCGAGGCCCGGGGACCCGAGCUCCGAGCCCUUUGCUUCUGCGGCUGCCAGGGGACCGGACAGCCGUACAGCCUCCGCCGCUUCGGGCAGUGGGAGCCCUGCGGAGCAUGUCGGAGGACAGCGACAUGGAGAAAGCCAUCAAGGAAACCUCCAUUUUAGAAGAAUAUAGUAUCAAUUGGACUCAGAAACUGGGAGCCGGAAUUAGUGGUCCAGUUAGAGUCUGUGUGAAGAAAUCUACUCAAGAACGGUUUGCACUUAAAAUCCUUCUUGAUCGUCCAAAAGCUAGAAAUGAGGUGCGCCUGCAUAUGAUGUGUGCCACACACCCCAAUAUAGUUCAGAUUGUUGAAGUGUUUGCUAACAGUGUACAGUUCCCUCAUGAGUCCAGCCCCAGGGCUCGACUCUUAAUUGUAAUGGAGAUGAUGGAAGGGGGAGAGCUAUUUCACAGAAUCAGCCAGCACCGGCACUUUACAGAGAAGCAAGCCAGCCAAGUAACAAAGCAGAUAGCCCUGGCUCUGCAGCACUGUCACUUGCUUAACAUUGCGCACAGAGACCUCAAGCCUGAAAAUCUGCUUUUCAAGGAUAACUCUUUGGACGCCCCUGUGAAGUUAUGUGACUUUGGGUUUGCUAAAGUUGACCAAGGUGAUCUGAUGACACCCCAGUUUACCCCGUACUAUGUAGCACCUCAGGUACUAGAAGCACAGAGGAGGCACCAGAAGGAGAAGUCCGGCAUCAUACCUACCUCGCCAACACCCUACACCUACAACAAGAGCUGUGACUUGUGGUCCCUAGGGGUGAUCAUUUAUGUGAUGCUGUGUGGCUAUCCUCCUUUUUACUCCAAACACCACAGUCGGACUAUCCCAAAGGAUAUGCGGAGAAAGAUCAUGACAGGAAGUUUCGAGUUCCCAGAAGAAGAGUGGAGCCAGAUCUCAGAGAUGGCCAAAGACGUUGUGAGGAAGCUCCUAAAGGUCAAACCAGAGGAAAGACUCACCAUUGAGGGCGUGUUGGAUCACCCCUGGCUCAACUCGACGGAGGCCCUGGAUAAUGUGCUACCCUCUGCUCAGCUGAUGAUGGAUAAGGCAGUGGUUGCAGGGAUCCAGCAGGCUCAUGCUGAGCAACUGGCAAACAUGAGGAUCCAGGACCUCAAAGUCAGCCUCAAGCCCCUGCACUCUGUGAACAACCCCAUUCUGAGGAAAAGGAAGCUACUGGGCACCAAGCCAAAGGACGGUAUUUAUAUACACGACCAUGAGAAUGGAGCUGAGGAUUCAAAUGUUGCCUUGGAAAAGCUUCGAGAUGUCAUUGCCCAGUGUAUCCUCCCCCAGGCUGGUAAAGGAGAGAAUGAAGACGAGAAGCUGAAUGAGGUGAUGCAGGAAGCCUGGAAGUACAACCGGGAGUGCAAGCUCCUGAGGGACGCGCUGCAGAGCUUCAGCUGGAAUGGUCGUGGAUUCACAGAUAAAGUAGACCGACUAAAGCUGGCAGAGGCUGUGAAGCAGGUGAUUGAGGAGCAGACCACUCCCCACGAGCCCCAAUAGUAACAGCUUCAAACUAUUUUUAACAAUUGGAAAAAUUAUUCCUUAAUGUAAAAAGUAAUUUUUAUGUAAAUUAAUAAAUCAUACUUUCAUUUCA